UCAGAAAUUGAAGGUGAAGUAAACAUCAGGAGUAUGAGUGAAAUUUAUUUCAGAGACUCUGUUUUUUUACCCCUUCUUUACCUGCUUUUUAGUGAAAGUGAAGUCCUUCUGAGUUAGGAUUAAGUUAAGCAACAGGCAAUUAGUCCUCCUUUGCUGGAGAGAAAAUUCCAGCUGGAAGCAGCACACAGGAGGUGCCAUAAAAAAAAAGUUUUACAAGAUCACGCUGCUAAUAUUUGUGGUGUCAUGUGCUGUCAGCAUUUCUGCAUCACACACAGUCGUUUUCUGCGUUGCUUCAAAGAGCCAGAGGGGAGGAACGGGGUUGAGGUCCAGGAGAGCAGAGAGAACAGACGUGAAGGUUAGAGAGCCGCCGUUCGGAGGGUCCAGAUGGCAGGUAUGAGGGGCCCAGACUUCGUUGGAGUUUGGCUCUAGAGUCCACAGGAGCUUCCACUUCAACCGGACACAUUCCACAGGACUUGUGCCCAUGAGGUCGUCACCACUGGUCCUGCUGCUGCUGAUUGGUGUCCAGGCUGUACUGAACAUGGGAGGUGGAUUGGCCCGAAGCCCUGGAGCAGCCAAUCACAGAGCAGGGCAGCAGGAGACAGCAACAGCCAGGGGACACCUUUCUCAGGACCACACUUCAAAGCAGCAUCAGAGGACCACCCAUCACAGGACCAAGAGGUCACAUCGCGCAGCCUCGAACAUGCACAACAGGAGCCCCGUCAUGGGGCGCUCUCCGGCAGGCUCCUCCGCAGACCCCUUCAGCCCAGUGGUGGACCCGAAGCUCUUCUCCAAGAGGCAUUACCGUCCCUCGCCCCGCGUCGUCUUCAGCGAGGUGACCCCCUCGCACGACGUCCUGGACAGCGAGGAUUAUGACAUUGAAGGGUCGAGGGGGGUGAGAGUAAAGCGCAGGGCGGGCUCACACACCAUGCAUCGAGGAGAGUACUCUGUGUGUGACAGCAUAAACACCUGGGUGAAAAACAAGACAAGAGCCACAGACAUAUCUGGAAAUGAAGUGACAGUACUCUCCAACGUUACAAUCAACAACAAGGUAAAGAAACAGCUUUUUUACGAGACCACCUGCCGGUCCCCGACACACAGGGGCCCUGGAAUCGCUCGCGGGGGGCGGCCUGGGGGACGGGGCGGAAAGCAGGGCUCCAAGUCGGGCAACUCGGGUUGUCUCGGCAUUGACAGCCGCCACUGGAACUCCUACUGCACCAACACACACAUAUUUGUAAGCGCCCUGACCGUCUUCAAGGAACAGACAGCCUGGCGUUUCAUCCGCAUCAACGCUGCGUGCGUGUGCGUUCUCAGCCGGAAGUCUUGGGCAGGGAAACUGAAGCCCUGACAGAGGAGGACCCCUCUUCACCACUGGACUAUGAAAGCAAAUGCAUUUCUGCGAAACAGCCACUGCAGCUUCCUUGCCAAUUCUUCUAACACACACUCCCACUUAUCACGGCAUUCAGCAAACACACAAACGACACACACACACACACACAUCCAAAGGCAUUUCUUCAUUCAGCUUCUUGUUCCCUAACCCUACCUCAGUCAAAGAAGUCCUAGUAGUUUUAAGUUAUGAGAACCGCAUGUCAUAUUUAUGGUUUAUACAGUCAAAUAUGAAAGUAUAUACAGUUUGUGUAUAAAUACAAAAUGAUUUCAAGUUUUUAAAUAUUGAUGUUAUUAUUAUUGUUGUUGUUGUUGUUGUGCUGUCCAUGCUGUUAUUUAUUAAACACCUCAGUACUUGCAUGCCUGGUUGUGCCUUUUUGAUGCCUUUUGGACUUUGAGCCAUUCUGCUAUGACAAUCAUCGCCCACUUUUAUUUACAGAGCGAUGAAAAAAAUAUCUGCCUGCUUCUAGAUUUCUCCCCUAUUUUGCAUUUUUGUCACAGUUAAAUG